AUGCUAGUAGAUGUGAAGUGGGAUCUCACUGCACGUUUUCCUGUCUUGUCCCCAGAGAACUUCCGUUGCCUGUGCACCCACGAGAAGGGCUUUGGCCUCAAGGGGAGCAGCUUCCACCACAUCAUCCCCCAGUUCAUGUGCCAGGGCGGCGAUUUCAGAAACCACAACGGCACCGGGGGCAAGUCCAUCUACGGGAAGAAGUUUGAUGACAAAAACUUUAUCCUCAAACACACGGGACCAGGCCUGCUCUCCAUGGCUGACUCCGGCCCAAACACAAGUGGCUCCCAGUUCUUCCUGACGUGUGACAAGACGGAUUGGCUGGAUGGCAGGCCCAGGGCAGCAAGGAUGGGAAGCCAAAGCAGAAGGUGAUCAUCUCCGACUGUGGGGAGUACGUGUGACGGGCGCUUUCUCUGCGCUGCCACUGUGUAUCCAGGAGCUGUCAGCCCCGGGGGACCAGCGCCUGAGGGUGUCCCGUGUGCAACAAGCAGGGUUUGUGUCAUGGCCCUUCCUCGGGGUCAGCGUGGGCAGCUCCUCUGCAGGCACGGCCUGGGCUUGCUCUGGGCUCUUUCCCAAGCGUGGCCAUGGGCCUGGGAGCUGGCACAGGUGCCACUCUCCCCACCCUGGACGGCUGUGUGUGGCCUUUUCCAGGCCUUUGCUGCCAGGGCCUCUCCUGGGCCCACCAGUGUGGCUCCCGGAAGCUUCUUGUAAAAUAAAUCCUAGUUCUUGUACUGCUACCUGCCAGCCAGGUCCCAGGUGUUUUUGGAAGUUGCAGCUCUGACUGGGCCGUCCAGCUGUGAGACACCAGAGCACCUCCCCUGCUGCUGCUUCCGUCCUCCCCAGGCUGUCCCAGAAGCAUGUCCUUGUGGGACCACUGCAGGGCAGCAGAGGUCAGAGUUGGUGCACAAGUACCUUUGUCUCCUGUCUCUCCUGCUGCCAGGUAGGUGAGUUGGGUUAGCCAGGCUCCAUUCCUGCCCUCACGCCUGCUUGUCUUGAGCCUAGUGGGUACCCGUAAUGAGUCUUAGUGACCCAUUCCCGUGUUACUCAUUUGCUGAACCAGUAGUCACAAUGUACUACUGCAGAGUGCCCAGGCCCUUCUUUUGCCAGGCCUAUGCUUGGUGCUGGGGAGACGUAAGAAACGAGCCAGAGGUGGUUCCAACUUCCCUCCCUGCCCCAGUCUCACCUGGAAGUCGAACUCUGGCGCCACAAUUUGUAGCUUGUGCUGGGCUGGUCCCUUGCCCUACGCUGGUAUUUGGCUCACCAGGCCACCUCACAGCAUCUCUCAUGUGCUGAGGCUGAGCCCCGGCAGUCACCAGAGACCUCCUUCAGGGCUACACCUGCUCCCCUGCCGCCUGUCAGUAGCUCUGCCUCGAUCAAGUCUCAACACUCAGAAACUGCUGGGCUGGGCUGGUUCUCGUUUUGGGUUGAGAUCAGGUUGAGCCUGGCAGGGAGGGGAGAAACCUGCUGGCCCGUGGCCCCAGUGACCCCAGUGACCCCAGGCCAGCUGCUAUGGAGGGAUGGAUGCUAGCCCUACCCCUGGCAGCCUGGGUCUCUGCCUUCAGGUAGGGCUUCUACCUUUUUGGUUUGCUGGGGCCCACUCCUGUGGCUGGAAUCCACUGCCUGCAGUAUUCCUAGCAGGGCCCCUCGCUCCUAACCUAGGUGUCCCUCUCACUGGUGGUCAGUCAUAGCUGUCAGGAUAGGCAGCAGUGAGGCCAGGAGUAGGCCAGCUGCCCAGGGCUGGUGUGACAUCCAGGAGGGAAGAGGAUGUGUGUGAAGUACUCAGCAUGGCUGGCUCUGGGGAUGAUGUGGGGAGAGGGAGCAGGCUGGCCCAAGGCCCCAGCAGGGAUGACUGGUCACAUAGCCCUGUGGAACAAGGGGCGAGGUUGUGGGACCUUGACACUUGCUGUGCUUCCCUGGUUGCACUGAGAAGGUGGGACCAGUGGACUGGCCAGGAGGCCAGUGGGCGAGAACCAUCAGGUGGUGAUAGCACACCCUGUGCUGUGCAAGGGCCUCCCCAGAAGUUACCCCACUGGGUCCACCCAUGACCCUUGUAUGGGUGGUGACCUGAGCCACAGAGGUGAGGUGCCUGGUCCAGGGAUUCCAGACUAAUGGCCAGCCCGGUGUCUAUGCAAGUGUUGUCUCUGUGACCUGAGUACCUGGCUGCCUGGCUUCCUGAUGCUGGGCAGGGCUCGGGGUGGUAGGGUCAUGGGGGCCCCACACCUGCCCUCUGGGGAAAGAAAGGUGAGACCUGGUUUGUAAGUGAUAGUACUAAGGCAGAAGUCAAGGGAUGGAAUGCUACUACACAUUAUGUUUUCAAAGAAUGUUUAAUAACAGAAAAUUUUGAAAUAUAUCAUAGAUUGAAUAAAUCAGAUCACCCAGCA